UGAACCGAUGCUGGGGAUGACGUCAUGGUCGUUGUUUCGAAUGUCGGGAGCUAGCGCUGGGGCAGGAGGCCGCGCGAUCUGUUGGGGGACACAAGUUGCACGAAUCUGAAGCCCAAAGGUCGUCGACAGCCACCGGUACCGUGAGUUUCAGGAAUAUCCUCUCCCACCCCCCUCACCCCCUCUGUCAGAGCAUGGCUCAAGAGACCAAUCAGACGCAGGUGCCAAUGCUUUGCACCAUGGGAUGCGGUUUCUAUGGUAACCCCCGCACCAACGGCAUGUGCUCGGUCUGCUACAAGGAACACCUGCAGAGACAACAGGGAGGGGGGCGAUCCAGCCCACCUGGAGAGAAAGCAGCUAUAACACCAGCAGGAUCACCGGGGUCUGCUGGUGUGACCGUGGAGAGCACAACAUCAGAGCCAAGUACAGAGGUGGCAGGAAAUCCAUCUGAGGAACAAACAACCAGCCCUAGUUCCCCCAGCCCAGUAACUCAACAGAUGACUGCAAUGAGCAUCUCCCAGGAUUCAGCACCUGUUGACUCUGAUCGAGCAGAAGCUGAGGAAGAAGAGGAGAGUACUUCAAACAGCACAGAACCUGCAGGAGAGGCAGCUCAGGCUGCAUCUGAUGGUGACCAAACGCCUGAUAAAAACAAGAAAAAGAACCGCUGCUUCUCUUGCCGGAAGAAAGUGGGCCUCACCGGUUUUGACUGUCGCUGCGGCAACCUGUUCUGUGCCAUUCACCGUUACUCUGACAAACACGACUGUCCCUACGAUUACCGGAGUGCAGCCGCCGCCCGCAUACGCAAGGAGAACCCCAUCGUGGUGGCUGAGAAAAUCCAGAAGUUAUGAGGACUGAGUGCAAAAAAAGUCUUUUUGACUUUGUGAAUUUGAACAAUGGUGACAUGGAUAAAAACACCUGAUUUCAUGGAUUCAUUUGUUCACGGUAGUCUAACGUGGGAGGGGUGGGGUGAUGCGGCUGCAGCCGCUGUCCAGGCGUUUCCCUUACCAGCAUCUCCCUCUCUCUCCACUUGUGAGCAUGGUUGAACUUGUGUGCGCGUGUGUGUGUAUUUGUAUGAAAGCGUGUGUGUGCACAUUGGCUUGAGAGUUGGGAGAGCUGUAGGGACUUGGUGGACUGAAGCGUUGCCGUGGGAAGGGAAUGGAUAGCGUUUAUUUUUUUCCCCCUUAUUGUUUCUCAGCUUGGGGCUGUCAUGUGGGUUUGUUUUCUACAAUCCCAGUAAAGUAAUUGGAAUCAGGCAGGGUUGAAGUAAUGUGUCACAGCCUGGAUAAUGACACAAUUCUGACAGUAUAGUAAGUUAUGAAAACGUAACCAGGAGAUCAGCAAAACCUUUUAAGGGCUUUGGAUUCUAAUUUCCUUUUCUCCCAGACUGAAAACGAUGCCAACUGCUUGUGAAGUAAUUUUCUUUCUUAUUUCUUACCAUUACUUUAUGGUUCACCACACAUUGAACACCCGAGUUUCAGCAUUUUCCAGAAAUAUUUCUCUUUGAUAUAUCAACUAAUACUGAUAUUGGGUGCAUGGAUAGGGGGGUUGGGAGGGGGGAGGGGGUACAUGAGGGCAUGAGAAUCUUGACUUAACUGAGUGAUUGAAUUCUGUGUCCUUUUUUUUUUUCUUUCUGUUUUAAUGAGUGUAUGACCUCAGAAGAUCUAUAUUAAUAUAUUGUAGUUAGCUUGAAUUGUGUGAUUGCAUUCUAUUUAUUUUUUAUCGUUUGGUUGGUCUGUGCUGGAGGAUUGGCCGCAUGUGUCAGCAAAUCAUUAGGAUUUGCCCUUACCCUUUAAAGUAUAUUUAAGUAAUCCCAUCUUAAGUAUAUAACCAUUAAAAUAAUACACAAGCUCUGACUUGAUAAAGUAGAGUCCAGUUAAUAAUUAAGAUUUUGCAGUAAAAAUGUUAAUUAUUUUCAGAUUAGGAAAUUAAGCACAACUGAAAUGUGCGUCAGCGGCGUAGCACAAGAUAAUGUGUCACACCUACUCAGUUUCGUUCAGCAUUUGGGUCAUUUGCAGUUUCUGUUGGAUACGUAAUGACCAGUCUGAGCCAUCAGACGUCCUGUUGUUCCUCAGUGGUUUUCCUUAUACACCCCUUUGUGUGGAGGCCGAGUAAAGCUCCAUGUUUCUCCAACCACCAGCAGACCACUGGCACGUGCUGAAUGAACGCUGACCUAGGUGGCUGUUCGUGCACACCGACGCACCUUAUGCCCAGCUAAAGCAGAGACUCUGUCGCGUGCUUACCGCGUGCUCCGAUUCCGCUGAAUCCGUGUUAUGAGGCCCGUGUCUAGCUAGCUUCUUUUAGGAAGAUCAACCUCACGUGCAUGUGUGCAGUUCAAUAUAUACGUUACCGUUUUGUAACCGACUGCACAUUUUGAAAUGAAGCUGGAAUGUUUUAAAAGCCACAGUAGCACAAUGCAUGGCUGGAGUCUUGAGAUUCAAGUUAACAGGGCUCCUCAGUUUUGUUCCAAAUGUAAAUACCAUAUGGCUCCUAUUCAUAUAAUAUAUUCUUAUUGUAGAUUUUUCGCCAGUUAAUAAAGUUUGGGGCGUAUGGUAAAGAAUUGUACUAAGUGUGAAAAAAAGUGCUUUUCAUAAUUAUCUGAAAAAGAAUGUGCCAGAAAUGGUACAGGCUUUCGUUGCCCAUUUAGUUUCUUUUUUUAUUUACAUCAUCUGUGUGAUGUCAAAAGUAUGUCGAUGAACUGGCUCUGUCUCCGGCAGGCUUUACAAAACUAGUCAGAGUGAGAAGCCCCUAUAACCUAUGUUAACCUUGCUGAAUUACUCAGUAUUGUAGUCCACGUUUUUAUCCAGUUACUGAAAUCUAUUCCUAGCAUAGAGAUAUUGUUGGAAGUCAAAAUGGCUCCUGGUGAGAUGUAAUGGGGCCGUUUGAGGUUUAAUCUUUGCAUUAUCAAACGCAUUCCUUGUGAGGAACUUGCAGAGUAUGCCUUUUAAGCUAAAAUAAGCCACCGCAGAUUUUCUUUGACAUGUGUGACUCCUUUCCUCUACACAGAAUAUCAUGUUGGACCUGGCCUUUGUGAGAAUUCAUGUUAGGCGUAGCUUUGUGUCCUGGCAUUCAUCCUAGGAAUAGAAUUGUACUGCUUUAGGGAAACCUGCGAUUGUUGCAGCCUUGCAGCUGUGUGUUCCCUAUCUUUUAUAUACUAAGAAUACUUAAAUUUGUCUGCUGGAUUGACCAUUACAUUGUGUUGCCUACAAAAUGCUGUACCCCUCCACAGAUUGACAGUCCUUUCAGAGAAAACGCCCUUUACUUGGAAUGAUUGUCCAGCUGUGUAAAUCAUGUAGAUUACAUGCUUCACACAUGCUGCUUUUCGGUGACUGCUCACAUCACACCAUUUUUUUUAACAAACAUGAGCAGUUUGAAUGUAAACCACCAUAAUUCACUAAAUAAGCUGUAAUGUCAUUUAUCCAGCUACAUGGCUCUAAUAUUGACAGUGGCAGAGAGUGGAGGCCCAAUUUUCUUCUUUGUGAUUUGUGACAGUUGCAUAGCUGAAAUUGCUUUGAUUGUUUGCGGUGAAGGACUUGGCACCAGCAUUUAGGGCAACCAUACAUAACUAUUCUAGCUUUUGUCAGUACAGAAUCAUUUUCCUCUUCUUUUACUUAAGAUGUCUUUAGCUCAACCUUUGCUAAUCAGUGUCCUCAUCUUGGCAGUGGUUUUGAUUAAUAAUGACAAACCUUCCAGUUGUGAUGAGUCUGUUAAUUGCAAGUGAAAACAUAUGAAAAUGAUUCAUUUAGUUUUCAAAGAUGAGCUUGAGGGAAAUGAAAUCUACAAUGUUCACAGACCUGUAGUUCCUGUCCCUUGGCACUCCAGUCCCCCAGAUACACCACCAGAUAUGUUUUUAUUUUGAUUUUCUUUAAAGAUUUAGGAUUGUAUGAUGUGUAAGAGUAAGUAUAAAACAAUAAAAUCACAAAGUUUAUUUUAAA